UACAAUCUAAGCAUGAUGACGAGACGUUUAUUACUUCUUGUCUGUCUUUGUCACUUCUUCUUUACUACUCUUGUGACAUCACCAAGUCAGCAUAUGAUAUGCAAGAAUGUGGACGACGUGUUUGCUGAAGACGAAAACGAUUCGAUUCCCAGUCGUGGUUCAACCCACUCUCAUCGUUCUCCUGGCCCACCUGGAAAAAGAGGUUUAAAGGGAGAAAUGGGUGGAAUAGGGAUGCCUGGGGUCAAAGGUCAACAAGGCGACCCAGGAAUUGUCGAUUAUCAAAAAGUCAAUGCCACCGUUGAACAACUAUUUGAGAAAUUAGUUGAAAAGUCAGUGAUUUCAAGAAUUGAAGAAUUAGAAGAACGAAUGCUGGCAAAACUUGGUGAAUUGGACGAGAAGAUUGAAUCAGAACCCUGUGACGGUGUAUUGCAUCUCGGGAAAUGUUAUGUAGCUUCUUUACACACCGCGAGAGAUAUCAACUACAACGAAGCUGUUGCAAUGUGUACAAAAUUGUCGGCCAAACCAGCAGACAUAAUCGGGUCUCAACAUUAUGAUUUGGUCUUCAAGUAUAUUCGAACAGUGAUGUCUUCAUCAUACGACGAGUUCUGGUUGGCUAUGACAUUCGACCACUCGACGAAUAGAGUUCUGUUGUCAAACGGCACCGCUGCUCCAUACGUCAAACACUACCACGGAAAACCCCUCACAUCUGCAACUAACACCCAAAUAGCGAUCUCUGUAAGAAAUCCGUCACGUGGUCAACAAGGAAUGUUCAAUGCUCCACGGUCGUAUCCUACCAAUGGUGUCUUGUGUCAGAGGGAAUGAUUUCCAUCAAAUUAAGAUUCUUUCUAGACUCGGUUAUCCGAGCUUAUAUGUAUAUAACGACUGGUCUUUUUGACAAAAAAAAAACAAUCCAAUGCAUAAAUGAUAUCAUGUUUACCAAAUCGAAUUUCAGACUGGUGACAACUCAUAAACAAACAUUAAGUUGGAAUAUAGAAUGCAUUUCAGUGCUAAAUCCGUUAAUGAAAUGGAAAGAACUUCACGGGUAUAGAUAUUUCAUUCAAAUCAGAAAUUCACAAUCUGAUAGGUAUUUGGGUUUCUAUCUGUGAAGCCUACAUAAUCAGAUCCAUCGUUGCUACUAGGCCAGUGGUUCCCAACCUUUCAUGGUUCGUGUCCCCCUUCCGUAGGAUUUUGGCACUCAUGAACCUUGUUCAUCAUUCCAGUGGUAUUUAUAGUUCUUUUUUGGAGGGUGUAUUCAAAAUUACAUUGUUUUCAAAUAAUUCAUACCCAACAAAGUGAAAACACCGUGUGAAAUAACAUUACCAAGAAAUGAAACUAAAAAGAACAGAGUUUUCUUGUAAAGUGAAAAGUAAAAUCAGUUUUUCGCAGAGCAAUGUGCC